AUGUAUUUCUCGAAGUCUGUUAUCGCUGCCAUUAUGGCCUUCACCUUAGUACAAGGUACUUCAAUUCAACCUCGCUGUGAUGAAUGCGGCGGUAAAGGCAAAUUAAAUAGCGACGAACGAACCGUCUACGUGGGGCCCCCUGGUGACGCCAAAAGGGUUUUCAUUUUUCCCUCCCACGAAGCUUGUACGCAGGGUAAGCUCGAUAAACGUUUCCAUAGACUCGUAAUCCCUGAAUAUAUGCUCGAGGAUCGAUGCAAGCCUAUCAAGGAGUUCUGUAGAAAAUGCCCUACAAAUGAGAAAUUUCAACCUGGAGGAGCCUUAUUUGGCAAGAACCCUCAUACAAUGAUGGGAGAGGAAAUUGUUCGCGCCUGCGGAGAUCAUUGUGGAAUCACCUACCCUGAAGAUGAUGGAAAUAUUAACGUCGAAGGGGCAAAGGAGGUUGCGGAAAAGACAGCAGGAGAGAACACAGUUGAGGAGGAGCCUUUCGAGCAGAAGCCAGCUGAGGGUAAGAGGCAGCUGAAGAGGAAGAAGCAGGCGAAGAAGAGGAAUCAGAUGAAGAAGAGGAGUUUGUUGGAGAAGAAGAGCCUGUUAAAGAAGAGGAGUCAGCUGAACAGGAUCCUGUUGGGGAAGAGGACUCGAUUCAAGAGGAGCCUGUUCCAGAAGCCUGUUCCAGAGGAGCCUGUUCAAGAAGAACCAGCCCAAGAGGAAUCAGCACUAGUACAAGAAGAACCUGUUCUAGAGCAGCCUGUUCAAGAAGAACCAGCCCAAGAGGAACCAGCAACAGUCCAAGAAGAACCUGCUCAACAGGAGCCAGUCGAGAAUGUCCUUAAACAAAACCACAGUGACGCAGAUGUUAGUGAGGGAGAGCAGAAAGGUGCCUGCUCCGCCGAAGGAAUGUUCAACUGUAUUUCCGGAUCCUCCUUCCAGCAAUGUGCCAGUGGCAGCUGGAGUGUCGUACAAAACCUAGCUCCCGGAACCGUUUGUACCAGUGGCCAAUCAUACGGUUUGGGCAUGAGGGCAGCGGCUUAA